GGCCGGGGGGUUUUAUUUCCUGGAGCUCAUCCAUCGGUGACGUUGUGACAUACGAUGAAUGUGUCGGUCCUAAUAAAAUCAAACAAACACGUACAGAGCCUUCCACGCAUCCCUCUCCUUCCCUGGGGGAGUCUGGGGCGGUGCCGAGCUCUUCCCUGUGGAUAUUCCCACCAGGGCUUUGUUCCCGGGGUCGUUGCAGGAGUUGCUGAUGUUUUUACGUGGGGUGAGCACCGCUGGUUGCUUUCCCUGCAGAGGUUCCCCGAAUCCUUGAAGGAAGUGAGGAUCAGUGCCCAUCUGAAGCUGGCAUCGCCUGUGAGCCCCGAGACGGUGCAGUGAGGAGGGGGAGCAGGUCACCGGUGGGUCACCAACGCCCCCUCCCCGCUCCCAGCCUCCAGAGACCGGGAGAGCGAGGUGAGCUGCCGCAGAGAGCUGCUGCGAGUCGGAAGCAGCGGCUGCGGCGGAGGGUGAGGGUGCUGCCCGGAGAGGUGGGCUCCCGGUGGGAUCAAGCCGGGUCGAUCCCCCAAAGCCUCCCGGGAUCCUGCAGUGCCGGUGGCCAGGCUGGCUUUACGGAGGGUGGCGAGGGCGAGAAGGGAUUAAUUCUGCCCCCACCGCCUCCUCCUCCUCCUCCGCCAGUGUCUAAUCUCUGCUGGGGCUCCGAGCUCUGACCCUGCUCUGAUCUAGGACCGGGAUAACCCUGGCCGAGCCGGGGAGGAUCCGCCCGAGGCUCCCGAGAACCAGGUGUCUCCUUGGCCGUGCUGGAGGUGCAUGUGGGGACGAGCCUGGUGUACUCCGUGGAGGGGCAGCAGGCAGUGCUGCCUGUCUGGUACACCAGCCACUCCCUGAAGGAGCCCUACAUCACCUGGAUGCUGAACAAGGAAGCUGCUCCCAUCCAGAUCCUGUCAGUCAUGGGCGGAAAGGUGAAGGUGGAGGAGACAGCUCUGAAGUCCCGCAUGGGGUUCCUGUACCCCAUCACCACCCACAACAUCUCGGUGUUCAUCAACACCACCCGGGAGCAAGACUCGGGUCAGUACAUAUGCAGCGUCAAUGUGGAGGAUGACACCGUCAAGAACGUUGGCCUCAUCAACCUCACCGUCCUGGUGCCGCCAGCCGCCCCCACCUGCCAACUGCACGGCAACGCCGUCGUGGGGGCCAACAUGACCUUGAGCUGCUCCUCCAAGAAGGGGAAGCCCUCGCCCACGUACCAGUGGCAGCGCGAGCCGCCCACCCUGCAGGUCUUCUUUCCCCCUGCCCAGGACCGGGCCAGGGGCACCCUCAAGCUGACCAACCUCUCCCUGGAGAUGUCGGGGGUCUACGUCUGCAGGGCUGAAAACCAAGCAGGUUCUAAGAACUGCAGCAUUGUCCUGGAGGUACACUCAACAGGCACCAAAGCGGUCAUUGCCGGCGCCGUGCUGGGCUCCCUGGGCGCCCUUGCCACCAUCAUCUUCUUUGCCCAGAAGUUUGUUGGCUACAGGAGGAAAAAACGUGACAGCCAGGAGGAGGGAGCCAACGAGAUCAAGGAAGACGCCGUGGCACCCAAAACCCCGUCGUGGGUGCGGAGGCCAGCUUCAGACACCAUGUCCAAAACCAGCACCCUGUCCUCCAUCGCCGGCACCCGGCAAGCCUACGGAGCCAGAGCCCCCUCCGACACCGCCUCCAUCCUCACCACCACCGGCAGCUACCGGGGACCCCCGCCCCGGGGAGGGGGGCGGCCCCCCAACCUCUCGCCCCCCGCCGUUAACGGGACCCCCCGGCGCCGCCAGGACCCAGCCGCCGCCCCCGUGGGGUCGCUGCCCCCCUCCAGCCUGGCACGAGCCGGAGCCGUUCCAGUCAUGGUGCCAGCGCAGAGCCGGGCUGGCUCCUUGGUGUGAGCACCCCCAAAAAACAGGGGUGCCCAUAGCCAGCCCAUCCCACUCCCUGUUUCCUGGGGUGGUUUUGGUCCCUUUUUGGGUUUCCUUUUCUUUGUAACAGAUGCCUCGAGCAGCUGGACUCAUCGUGGGUGUGUUUAAUGGGUGCAGGGCUCUCUGGGUUUGGAGGGACCAAAUCUCCCCAUAAAUAUCACCCCCAAACCAGCCCCAGCCCUGCCUCAGGGCGUCCCCUUCUUAUGACUUUUUUUUCUAUGUCUAUAUAUCCGGUGAAAUGAGGGAUUUUUCAUAAAAGAAAGUAGGGAUGGGGGGGGAGGGGGGUGAUGGGACACACACACAUACACACACACGUUUUUUAGGGGUUUUCUGAUUAAAAGCUGCUGCGCUGCCCA